AUGGUUUCGUUGAUACAGACAGAGACAGUAAUAGCAGCAGCAGCAGCGCCUAACGAGAAAAGUUAUAAAGCAACGAGUCGAGCCAACGAUCUCUUUGAACGUCAUCUCUAUACCGAUGCCAUGACCGAAUAUACCAAAGUGUUACAAACGUCAACGGCAGAACCCGACUAUCUUGCCCUGAUCUAUGCUAACCGAAGUGCUACCUAUCUUAAGCUCAACCAAUAUCAGCAAGCAUAUACAGAUGCUGUCCAAGUCAUUGACCUGGCUCCUCAUUGGUCCAAGGCAUUAUUACAGUUAUCUCAGUUUGAUGAAGCGAUCGGAUUAUUAAAGACAGCGAUUCAGAAAGAAAAUAAACAGGAAAAUAGAGAACAGAUAUCUCGUACACUGACAAAGACCUUGAUCGAAAAGGACAAUGACGGUAUGGGUAUUGCCAUUCUUCAACUGGUAUGUGGCAAAGACAUUGCGAUUGAAAAGAGUAUGAAUCCUAUCCAGAAUAAAUUGUAUGAAUUUGCGUCACACAUGAAGAAUAUUAUCCAUUUACUCGUGGAUAAACAGACCAAACGAUGCGUGAUUGUGGAUGCGUGCUGGGAUAUUGACAGUAUUCUCAAGUAUGUGACGGAGAGAGGUUAUACGAUUGUUGCCUCGGUGGUGACGCAUUAUCAUUUCGACCAUGUGGGCGGUACACCUCCCUCCCCUUAUGACACUUUACCCAUCAAAAUCUCGGGUCUGGCCAGUUUAUUAAAAAAGUUACCCCACAUCAAAGCCUAUGUGCAUCCACUCGAUAUACCCUUUAUUCAACAAGCCAAUCCCACCAUCCCAUCCAACCGUAUGGUACCUACCUGUACUGAAAACAUUACAGCGGAACUCAUCAUUGGUCAAUUACAUAUCCGAUUUAUACACACACCGGGACAUACACCCGGUUCCCAAUCUUUACUGAUCAAUCACUCGAGAUUAAUUGCAGGUGAUACUUUACUCUGUGGUGGUCACUGCGGUCGAACGGAUUUGCCUGGUGGGGAUCGAAAAUCCAUGCAACAUACAUUGCGUCAUGUGCUGGGCGAUCUGGAUAACCGCAUCAUUGUUUAUCCUGGUCAUGAUUAUGGUGUCUCUUGGUCUACCAUCGGUAUGGAAAGAGAAAAUGGUUGUCUAGGUGAUGAAUUAGUUGGUUUUGGUAUGAAAAAUUAG